AGUUCAAGGAAUGUUUUUCCCUGUACGACAAGAAGCAAAAAGGGAAGAUCAGGGGCUCGGAGCUGCUGGCGGUGAUGCGGUGCCUGGGAGCCAGCCCCACUCCGGGAGAGGUGCAGAGACACCUGCAGCUGCACAAGAUCGACAGGAACGCUGAGCUGGACUUCUCCACCUUCCUGACCAUCAUGUACCGGCAGAUGAAGCAGGAGGAGCCCGAGCAGGAGAUCCUGCGGGCGCUGGCCAUGCUGGACCGGCAGAGGAGGGGAGUGAUCGCCGCGCCCGAGCUGCGCGCCAAGCUCACCCGGCUGGGAGAGAAGCUCUCCGAGGAGGAAG